CAACUUGCCUGAAAUGUUAAUACUUUUGUAGGUGAAAGUUCCAUUACGAACAAAAAAACUUGAUGCCGACUUUGUAAUGAAAAUAGAAACAGGUAAAAAUUUUUUUGUUUUUAAUCCUCUAUAUGUUUUUCUUUAUAAGUUUAUAUUUUGAGUUUUUCGAUCCGAAGCUAAUUAAUUUCAAAUUAUGUGUUGGUUUAUUGAUUCAAAUUUAAAAAAAAGUGUGUGUUUCAUAUCUUUUCUUUAAUAAGGUUAUUUGUGAUUUUCGCAUUUGUAGUGUAAAAUUGCAUUUGCAAAAGUGUAACUAAAUUUGAUGGAUUUGUAGACAUUUGUGCAAUUUUUAAAAAAUGAUGUAAAAAGGUGAUAUAAAAGAUAAGAGGGUAAAAAGAUUGAUAUAUCAAGUCUAUUCGAAUUUUCAUUUUCUACAUUGCUCAACAAAAAAUUACGACAAAAUGACCAAAUGCAUUCAUCGAGUGAUAAUUUAAUUAAUAUGGUAACUUUAUUUUUUAAUCAAUUGUUCCCUUUCCAUUGUUUCCAGUUUUAGGCAAAAAUUUAUUGAUUUAUACGUACAUUGUUAGUGCACUCGUCCGGAUUGCUUCCAUUAUCAUUUCUUGGAUACACGGUGCCCAAUUUCAGGUCACAGACAAAAUUUACUUUUUCAGAAUGGAAAACAUCACGUUUUAAGGGAAUGUUGCAUUCUACUUGAAAUUCUAAUACAAAUUCAUGUAAAUCUUUAAAAAUUAUUGACUGACUAAAUUUGAAUAAAUGUGGUGUAUAUUUCGAUUUUAAGGUAAAAUACAAAAAUUCCAUAACAAUUUGUUAUGGAAAAAUCAAAUUUAAAAACAAAAAUAAAUGUCGACUGAUUCUAUCUAGAAUUUCUAGAUAGAAGAAAAGUUGCCUUGACGAAAACUAGAAGUCAAUGGGUGCAACUUUUGCAAAAAAAGUCUUUUUUUGAGUAAAAAUUACAAUUGAUAGAAUGGAUGAUGACAUCGAAUCAAUAAACAUGUACAAAGGACAACACUUCAAUUGAAAAUGGGAAAUCUGGAUUUUAUUAUUAUUUUUAGCGAAAAAACUACAUAUUUCAGUUAAAAUCAAAUAAAAAUUGUAUUUGAAUUUUCUUUAAAUUUAAAAUAUAAUUAGGAUGUGCUGCGUAAAAAAAAUAUUUUGAGUUUCUUUUUGAAAAAAUUGAAUAAAUCUGUUUCAUUCAGGUUCUAUAAUCUAUGACAUAACCAUAACACCUCUUUUAUGGUCUUAAUUAUAUAUAUUUUUUUAAAGCAAACAGCUUUUAUACAUUUUAAUCAAAUGAGCAGAAAACUGGACUUUGGUACCGAAAAAUGGUUGUUUUGAGUGGAACGUUUUUAAUUCAAAGCAAAUGCCGUUUUUCCACUUUAAAUAUUUCACAUUUGCUUUAUUUUAAUCGAUAUUUUAACUAUAAAAUAAUUGCAAGAAGAUAAGUUUUGUGAUAAAAAAAACUCGUUGGAUAUUUAGUAUAGUCUCUCCCCAAGUUUUUUGGCAGGGACGCUAUAGUUAUUAUUUUUCUAUUGCUUGUCCGUUACCGAGCGAGAAGCAAAUUUGAUGUUAUUAACGUGUCUUUCCUCAAAUUGUUACAAUUCGCGGAAGUAUAAAAGAAUAUUAAAAUUAUUGAUUUGAUUUCUUAGCGAGUGUUGGCAGUUUCUGUGAAAACAUUUUGUAUAUCUUGUGUGUGUGUUUUUGUUUCGAGCACUGAAAAUACCUAAACAAUAUUGUGAGGAAGAACAACGGUUUAAUUUGCUCAUUUUUUUUUGCCACAAUCGCUUAGAUCUUGCAGGAGUCCAUAAUUUUUGUCUUAUAAUUUCCUCAUAAUUUAACCACUAAAAUAACACACUUUAAUGCUCCCAGUUAGCGCUAUGAAUUACAGAAUUGAUGCAAAUUAAUAACUAAGCUGAAGAACGUGAUGAAUUUUUCCAAUUAAUUGUACUCAUUCUGCAAAUUUAAGCUCACGUUUGUAACUGGACUUGAGGUAUUUUAUAGAGAAAAAUUAAAUUUCUACACUUAGAUCAAGCAGUACUAGUGACGAAUGUUUAAUUCAGCAACUGUGAAAAAAAUAGUAAUUUAAAAACUUAUAAAACUGUGCUAUUACAAUAAUAUCCGAUUCAAUAAACAAAAUUCAAAAUUCAUGUUUUCAAAUCAUCGGGAAACCCUCGUGCUGACCACCACGCAAAAUAAAACAAAAUCUUUAAAACCAAUCUCGGGCAAGAGUAAAUUUUAAUAUGGCGUCUCAAUAAUGACGUCACUGCCAAAUAGCUUGGGACAGACUAUACUUUUUUUUUCUCUACCGUUACUGCAAAUUCUAAGACUUAAAGGAUUAUCAAAACAGUUAAGCUUUUGGCAGCCAUUGGUUGAAAUUGGUGAUUUUUUCAUGGUUUUAAGCCGUAACGGAAAAUAAUUUCUUUCUGACGUUUCGCCAAGCACAAGUGGCCUGCAUCUUCAGAGUUGUGUUUGUUUCGAGCGACACAAUUCUGAAGGUACUCGCAGGUGUUAGUGACGAAAAGUUAGACAAAAUGUUUCAAGUAAACCAAUUUGAGAAAUAUUUUCACAUUUUUUUUGGAAUUUAGUGCUAUUUUAACUUGAACUUCCCAUUUUACUUUGGUCAAUUCGUACAUUAUAAUUUUAACAACGUUUAUUUAUUACUGCAUUGUUAUUGUUAUACUUAUUUUGUUAUUGCCUUCAGAGUUCAAGCAAAAACAAUCGGAAUUGUUUGAAAAGGCGUAAAAUGUUAACUCCAAAAUGGAUUGUAAUUAAAUUGGAAAAACAAAUGUGUGUUGACAGUACGGCAUCGAUGUAAACAAACACUAUUUACAAAUCGGGAAUUGUUAUUCAUCGGAAGUGCGACCUGUUGCUGUGCGAAGCCACCCCCAAGUUGCCAUGUUGGAAAUGGGAUGGAUCAAGGGAAAAGGCACAGACUUCUGGAUUCCUAAACAUGUGAGAGAUACGAAAACAAACGAGCACUGAAUGGGGCUAAUUAGCCGAUCAAGAACGCCAUGUUUUGGAUAGUUUACGCACUGUAUUUUUAGCAAAGAGAACGAAUGGAUGUGAAGGCAUUGGCUGCGGUAAAAUGGUAACAAAAAUGUGUUUGGCACUUAUCGCGUUUUGUUUUCACUUUCCGAAGGAUGCAUCGAGAUCGAAACACAUGAAGACGAUGCUUUCCCCGCUCACUUGACUGCCACUAUGUUUAUUUCCUUCUGUUUCUCCACCUCCAUUUUAUUCUAAAGCGCCAGUUAGUACGAGCACCUACCGAAUUGUUACGAUCGUUUACGAAUUUGAGUCUGUAUCGUGACGUCAUAUAAUUAGAGUAAAUACAAAGUAGACGAUGGUGUCAGCGUGCCGUUUUCGUGUGCUCUUGUGAUUAAUUCAAGAAAAAAAUGGAUAUUAAUGACGUACAGUUGGUUGGUGGCCCCUGCGGCCAACAUGGGCCUUACACGUUCUACAAGGCCUUCAGAUAUUCGAAGAACGGCAUUAAAAAAAUUAUAACUCUCAGUGAGUUUUUCUUUGUGAAAAUGUGGCGGGACUCAGAUUUAUUGUGCAUCGGUGAAUUACAAUUAUUGUGGACGGAUAAAAAUAGUGAACAGACUUUGGCUAGCUUGCGUCUGUACUUUUUGCCGGAAAAUACGCCUGAAGGCAGGAUGGAUCAAGGAGAGGAUGAGCUUUUGGCCAUAUCAGAAAAGGUGGUCAUUCGAAUGGACGAUCUAAUUACGUGGAUCACAGUGGAAACGGAAUGGACAUGGGGUCGAUUAGCAAAAUGCGAAGAGGAAUUAAAGGAAAUAAAGGUGGAACCAGAUCAGCUGGCUUCACCUAGAAAACCUGCAGGCAACAACUUCGCCCUUUCCGAAAUCACGAUGGAUUUUUCAGAUAUAGAACAAGAGAGGCUUAAAUAUGAAAUUCCACCAAAAGUGGAAAGUCACGUUAUAGUUCUGAGCUUUCCAAAAUAUUGCCGCUACAGGGCUAUGAUGAAACGUCUCGAGGGUGUUGAGAGACAAUAUCUCAAGUACAGUGUUGUUAAUGCUUUAGGAGGCUUUUAUGUAAAACAUCCCAAUACAAGAAUUCUAUUCUGUCGGGAUACUUUCGAUUAUCCAGAAUUGGAGGGUCAUGAAUUGUUAUGCAAUCAUUUAGCACCGAAACUAAAAGGUCGACCCAGAGGCAAACGGAAAAAGCGCAGCAUUUCCCCAGGAUCAGAAAGUAACGAGUCGGAAUCUUCAAUUACAAAUCAAUUUAGCAGACAUAACGAACGAUCCAACGGUGCUAGUCCGACAAAUUCCACGGUAGCCACCCGAAGAAGUACACGAUGUCACGAAAAUAAUGAAAAUAAACAAUUUAUGAAGCUUUUGGCUUCAUUUAUGAAAGCAAAGCACUUACCAUUGGGACGUGUCCCAUCCUUAGGAUAUAAAGAAUUAAAUUUGCACGAGUUUUACACACGGGUACAAAAGCUCGGUGGAUAUGAAUGUGUGACCACAAAUCGCUUGUGGAAGUCAAUAUUUGAUGACAUGACCGGCCAUUUAAACAGUACGAGUGCAGCUACAAUUAUACGAAGGCACUAUGAAAGAUUUCUAUUAGCUUACGAGCGACACGAAAAAGGAGAAGAAGAUAAACCGCUUCCAACAUUGGAGAGACGGAGACUGAAGAGCAGACAGAGCGGUACCGGUUCGAGUGACUCAGAAUCAGGACCCGAUACACCCUCUACUUCCAGAUCGAGUACCAGUCCUCCAGUUGGAACCGAAAAUAAAGAAAUCACUUCUGCAGGAAAACCAUCGUCCCUGCGAAGCGUGCGUGUCAAGGUUGAACGGCAAAAGGAAAAAAAUGGUGACAAAACGAACGCAAAGUUUCAAACGGCAUCGGAAUUAGUUAAUUCGGAUCCAACAGCGAGCGAUCCGUGUAUUGUAAAGGCGGAAUCAUACGAUUCAAAACCCAUUAUUGAAGAUUCUGAAAUGGAAAAGAGUGUAUAUAUCGAGGAAGAGUUAGAUGUUAAAGUGGAAGUGAAAAUGGAAACAGACGUCGUUCUUCACGAAGCUGUAAAUGUGAAAGAUGAAGAGAAACCGAAGAGUGAGCCGUACGAGAUCAAUCCUUCAAUACCUGAAGGGUCUAAAUCUGAAGGGUCCAUUCCAGCUGAACCGACAACGAAUGCUGUUGCCCCGAUUGCUACCACCGUAGUACCUGAACACAACCUGUCUCCAUUGGAAGGAAAAGAAAAUAUUCCUGUUGUUAAAACUGCUGAUGUUGCCACAGUUGACGUCUCCCCAAAAAGCAUUCCUUGCAGUGCAAGUUUUCCUGAAACCGUAAAGGCCGAAGUCAGCGAGUACAAAAGUGAAGACGACUCUACAAUGCGGGACGUGAAAAAAAUCAAGUUGGAGAUAUUGAAGGACGGAGGCCUGGAAGUUACCCCGGUCAGAUCAGGAUCAAUUGCAAACAACAUCAAAGAAUUUCGACCUUCGGUAAUUCAACCACCGACUAAUAAUUUCGCAAAGCCAAUUAUGGCUCCUCCAUCAUCAGUAAGUUCAGUUUUACCGAAGAGGAGCUUUGCGUUGUCUUUGCCGUCGAGUACCAACGUUACACACCUCAAAAGCCCUUGUACGCCAGCAAAACAGGCUAAAUCUGAACCUUACCAGUUCUUAAACGGCACCACGCCACCAAAAGUUGUUCAAUCCAAGUCAAUAUAUUCGUAUUCGGAGAAGACUGUCUACGGAAACCCGAAAGAUGUUUUACAUCCGACCAUGCUAUCACACACUCCAAAAUCGAUAAUUCCUAAUGUAAGGCUGGGUGGCACUGAUCCAGUCGAUUUAUCGCUAACAAGCCCUCAAAAAGCGCAUGUUGAACUAAUCCCUGCGGUCCAAACGUUAGGGAUGCGAGCCCGCUCGCCAGGUCCCGCCUACAAUAGAGCCAGUGUUACGAAGAAUUUAUAUAAAACAAGUCCACCUUUAUUAGGUGGUCGAAAGUUGGGACCUAACUUAGAAAUAACUUUAGUUGGACCAAAGCAGCAGGCUUUUCAGGCCGUACCGAAACAGUCGACUUCACAUAAACGACCCGGGUCCGAAACGUACGCUCAAAAAAUCGCUAAACUAAAAUCAGAAGAACUGAGCAGUAGACAUUCUAAAUACAACAUUCCACAUAUGCAUAAAAGUAGUGUGGAUAUUCCAGUUCCUAGUCCUUAUGGUAAAAAUAAUGUUAGUGUGAAUGCGGCCAAACUCGACUUUAGGCAGUCGGGGCAGAAAAACGUGGGUCUUGCGAUGCCUCAAGCCAUGCCACCGUAUAUCACAUCCAGAUAUCCCGUGCCGGACAAUUCGAAUGGAAUCAAUCCAUAUCUACCAAUUAUGGACUCGUUGUAUUAUCAGGCAGCUUUACAAAAUGUGUACUCAAACUUUAAUAUGCCGCCCUUAUUGCCGAUUGCUUCUCCAGAUCAAUUGAAAUUCUAUGCCGAUCUGAUGGCACACGGACGACUAAACAUGCCGUUCCCUCAUCCUGCAGAUGGACAUCCGUCCAUGAGUAAUAACAAUAAUAAUAACAGUAAUAGUAGGAAACCAUGAACUGAUUACUACAUAUCAAAAUGUGCAAGCACUGGUCUUUGAUUUGGAUGGUCGGUAAGCGAGAGUGUUCCUAUUACAUGCAAUAUUUUACGAAAUAAAACUAACAGGCAAAAUUAUUUCACACUCUACUGCUCGCUAGUAUGCUAAUUUUAUUAAUAAAUUUUAUUACCUAUAAAUAUUUAUUUUCCUUUUUCGAAGUAUUUUGUAUUUAGAUAAAAUGUGUUCCGUGCAUGACGCGGUGAGACAAAAAUUACCGAUUUUACCCUGUUUAUGCAGUUUAUGUUAAGAGUUCAAAUGUGGUCAAACUCAGUUGAAAUAAUUAUUUCUAUUGCACAUUCAAUUAUUUUUGGCAACACCUUUAAGUCAACAUAAACUUUGUUUCAGUAGAAAUUAUUUGUUAAAAUUGUCCAGUUAAUCAUGGAUGACUGAAUGAUAAAAAAUGUGAAAAUUCUUUGAACUUAAAAAUUGUCCACGCCGCAAUUUCACUCAAAUACUGAUUAAUUUUUAUUAUUUAUUUUGAAAUCAGAAUUCUACUUGCAAACGUGGAUGGUCCAUUUCACUUGAGAAAGCUUUGCAUCUUAAAAGUGGAAAUUGGUGUUAGGGAAAAAAUUAAUUGAAGUUAGAUGUCUUCAACAUAAAAUGUUGUGUAUUUUCAUUAUAAAUGCAAUUAUUGAUAACUUAUUAACAUUUAGUAAUGUUUUGAUCAGCUUUUUUUAUAAAUCGUCAGAAGUUAUAAACACGGGCCUGUAUUUUAAGCGGUGGUACAGCGAUAGAAUAAGUGUACGAUAUGUUUGAAAUUUACAUGGAAAUCUGAAAAAACGUAAUUUUUUGUAAUUUCGUGGCAUUUAACCAUUUGACAAACAAUAAAACAAAAUAAAAAAAAAUUAAUAGAAAAUUGCAAGUACUUCAACUAAUAAUCAAGAAGAAUGCCUAUACAUCUAAAGAACCAGUGGUGAUAGUCGGUGUUCACAAUUUUAUGGAUUGUAUACUAAAAAAUUAAAAUUUAAGUAAAUUGAAAAUAAAUUAGAAUGAAAAUUAACUAAAACUUGACAAUAAUCAAAUAGGAUCGUAUAUAGAAGAGAAAGUUAGUUGAUCGUUUCUGAAAAACGACACUUCUAAGCAAAAAACUGAUAAUGUAGCCUUCGCAUGAAUCAAAAUUGUUAUUAGAAAAUGUAACCGGUUUGGGUCCAGCUUUGAUAUUAACAUCAAUAUUUAUAAUUGAAAUUCGACAAUUUCGCGUUUAAAGUGCAAUUUUGCAGUUUUUUAAUUGCCCAACUUGUUUCCUUUUUGGCCAAUUUUCAAUAUAAUCCCCAUACUUCUCAUCUUGGACAUAGAGAAUAAAGCUUUCUCAAAUUAAAUGGACCACUCGGUAUAUAUUAUGAUUUUUUUCCGCAUAAAGCACUUAAUAAAAAUAGCAACUUGUUUGGCAUACUAGAAGAGUACUGUGUGACUACAUUUAAUAAGUAAGGUGACCAUACCUGAUAUUGACAUAAUAAAAUUAUUUUUCCAUCUUUGUGGCUUAACUUAAAACCCAACAUGUUUGCAUUUUGAACAAUUUAACUCGGUUUUAAUCUCUAAUUUAAUUUUAAUUUAAUGAAUUUUUAUCUAAAAUACACGUUUAAACGAAUGAGGUAAUAAAAAUAUCUAGUUAUAUUCAAAAAGUCUUAAUUAAAUUACGUGAGGGUACAAUUAGGGACCAUAUUGUUUACUCCCGACUAUUAACGCUUGUUAAUAAGUUGUUUGUGUAAAAAUGUAAAGUUUUACUAAAGGCAACAACAGUAAGAUAUGUUAGUUUGCUCGCUCAUCAUAAAAAAAGUCUGAACCUUCGUCCUUCUGGGAAUUUUUACCUAGUCGGAAAGUUAGCUGAUUGGGAAAGGCCUAGAUAAAUAAAAUACAUCGAACUAAUCAUAUUUAAACUUUUCUCGUUUUCAAUGUCAAUACUGGUAUGUUGAUCUCGCUAGUAAUCACAUGCGUCUAAAUCUAGCUAAUCACUUAUCUGUAUCUUUUAAACACCUUUGAAGGAUUCCCUAUCCCCCAAAUGUUCAAUUCAUCAAUUUAAAGCUUUAUAUAUUUUACCCCCUAAGAAGACACGAGAAAAAUGUUUAUUUUCUUAAAAUUAUUAAACCUUAGGUUGUAAGGACUGUCUUCGCCUUAAUGUAAAAAAAUAUGUAAACGCGUCCUCACGAAGAGAGGUGGGUUUUUGAGAACUAGACUGAGUAGUUCAAUUAUGACAUUCUGUUAGUGACGAAUUUGUAGCGGCGCUACAACUAUAAUGUGAAAUGGAGUGAUUAUAAUUUUAACAGACCUGAUUUGUUCAUGUAAUACCAAUAGUUGACUAACAGUGUUUAUUAUCAUCGUUAUGCUUCAAGGCAAAUAUUUUAAAAACAUCAAAACUAGAUAAAGAGAACACUCAUCAAAGCAUUUGAAAUAUAAAUUAAGUUCUAUGAUUUGUGUAGUAAUAGCAAAAGGCAAACCACGAAAAAAAUAAAAAAUAGCCAGAUAGUCAUAAAUACGACUUUCCUUUUCGGAAAAAGCACCGUCAAUGGUGAAAGUUUUUCAGUAGAUCUAGUUUAUGACAAUCUGGGUAGAAUACAGUACAAGGUUAUUAAUUAUAUUUUCAAUACACGUGUUAGUUUUUAUUCAAAACCUUAGAGUUUAAUUGAGAAGUAUCCAGUUUUUAUUUCAUAUUUUUAUAGGUAAGUGCAUACUUAAUUGCCUUGUACUACUUACUAACAAUGAUUCAAUCAAAGCAAUUAUAGUCAACUAAAAUGAGGGAGUAACGUUUCAAGAAUAGAAACGUUGAUGUAUGACAAUAUAAAAAAAUGUAUAUUUAACUAUUUAAAUACGUAAAAUCGAAUAAAAUAGGUAACGUUUCGGUAAUAUGUAUUAAGAUAAGAGAAUUAAAUUUUAUUAAGUUUUGUGAAAAAUUAUUAGGUAUAUUACUUUCGUAGUUUAUACGGUAUAGUAGUUAAAAUAUUUUACAUUUCGUUAAUAACAUUAUUGUCUUUAAAUUUUUAUGUAAUAUACUGUUGGAUUUAUUUAAAAGAAGCAUUACGCAUUUCAUUUAUUUUAUUCUAUAUUAAUAUAUGUUUUUUUUUCGUUUUGAGGUAUUUACAUAUUCGUUACGCAGAUAUCUGUUUUAUUUUUUAGUUUACUAGAAGUGUUGAGAAGCACAUGCAAAUUUAUCACGUUUGAAGCCAAUGUGGUUUUUCUAGAGUAACGAAAGGUAGAGAUAUCUUUGUUGUUUUCAUGUGUUUAACCCACUUUACAAUACCUGUAUAUACAAAGGCCAGAUAAAAUUUAGUGUCUGUGAUUUAUAUAAUGUACGAUAAUGAAUAUAUACAUAAUACAUAAUGUACCAAAUUAUUUUGUACAGAUUCACUAUUUUCUCGAGUUAGCCACCUUAUGUUUUUAUAUUAAUACGAACUGUAGCAAUGUGUACAUAAUGUUUACUUUUAUAAUUAUGAAUAUGUAAGUGUUAUUGUAUGGUUAAUCUAUUUGCCAUUAAAUACAUAAUUAAAAUUAA